GACGCUCCCGGGAAAUUUUGUGCCUACAAGAAUGGAGAUUUCGUUGUUCAAGCUUGUGGAGUAGCCCCCAAGCGAAAGACGACAGUCUUCUUCUUUCGCAGGAAUUUGUGGAGCAGUCACCAUCGGUUGUCCCAAUCAAUAGAGGUUUGAAAUUUGGACAAGGAUUGAUUGCUCCCAUUGAUGAGUUUUGAAGUGGAGCACGAGGUUCAAGUUCUUCGCAUUCGACAACUGGGUCGCUGCCAUUGCUUACAGCAGUUUUAGAUUAGCAACCAAUCACUGUCACGAUGUGGGUGUGUCAUGUGCUCGGAGCCGGGAAUUAGAAUUGGUUUUGUGGGUGGUUGCUCUCUGUGGCUAACCAGGAGGGCUUUGUCUAGUUGAAACUGUUGUUGAAGUCUGGCUGUGAGAAUCUCUCGGUGAUAUUGCAAUGAGAGGUUUCCAUUCGCAAAAUGUGGUGCUCUUUGUUAGCAUCUUUGUCUUGAUUGCACCAGGGUACUGCUACCGUUUGUCGGAUGCCUUGAAAUCGGGUGAAGGGGAUCUGAGGAUUCCACGUUUUUCUGUUCAAAUCGGGCACCUUCAUCCCAGUAGAGAGAGAGCAGAGAGGUUGCAAGCCUCGAUAUGGCACAAGACGAAGAUCAUGGCUGCUGAGGAAGGUCGCUUGCAUGCCAAGAGGAAUGGUGCGUACUCUAGAAUUCUUUAUGUGACGGAUUACUCCGCUGAUCCGACAGGUCAAUACGAUAGCACCCGUGCUCUGCAGACUGCAAUUAAUGAAGCCUUUAAGAUUGCUACCAGACAUGAGCUUCUUCCUGGUAUUCCGGAUCUUGGAGGCGUAGAGAUUCACUUGGAAGGAGGCGAUUACAUUAUCAGCUACCCACUGCAAUUCCCCAGCAAAGGUGGUGGUAACCUUGUGAUACAUGGUGGCACCAUCAGGGCAACGUUUACAUUUCCACGGGACGGUUACCUAAUUGAGGCGUGGUCGGCUUACUCUGUGAGUCUGAGAGCAAAUCAAACGAAAGCUUCACUUCGGGAACGCAAGCAACGUAGUUUGCCCUUAUCCAAAGAAUUCUUGGCCUAUGAAGACAUCAUCAUUAGAGAUCUUUUGUUGGACGCUAAUUUUAGGGGUGGAGGCAUACUCUUAGUGGAUUCUAUCCGCGUAACUGUGGAGAAUGUGUACGUUACUCACUUUGAGAGCGAUGGUAUCUUGGUGGAAGGUGGUCAUGAGACUAUCAUUCGGGAUUCGUUCUUUGGUCAGUUUAUUACAACUGGCAAAGAUCCGAGAGAGUCGGACUUCACAGGAAUUGGAAUCAAUCUUAUUAGCAAUGACAACGUUGUUUCUGAUGUUGUCAUCUUCUCAGCAGCCUACGGAAUUGCAGUCAGUGGAGUGGGAAACUUCAUCACAGGGGUGCACGCGUAUAAUAAGGCCGCCAGGUUAGGUGGUGUGGGUAUCUACCUGCAGUUACCAGGCUACACUCAGACGCGAAUUGUUGGAUGCCAUUUGGAGGGUACAGGAAUUAUUGCUGAAGACCCUUUACAACUUGAGAUAUCGAGCAGCUUUUUCUCGGACGAUGCUAAUAUUCUGCUGCGAUCAACCAAGAAAUCCCACGCUAUUUCCUACUUGACAAUCAUAAACAAUAUGUUUACAGGAUCAUCUCGUGGCGUUCCUGUUGUGCAACUUGACGAAUCUGCAGGCCGUUUCACCGCUGUGUAUGACACGAUAGUGGAUCAAAACACUGCUUAUGGGAUGAAUCUGAAGGCUACCGUCGCUAGGGCCACACUCGCAUCCUCUUAUACUUGGCGUCUCAAUCUCAACGAGCGGCUCCUAUUCCGAGAUUUCAUUCAAAACGUGCAGUAUUCCCUCUACGUCAGUUCUAACUAUUUUCCUAAGCAUGUGUUGCGAAGUGUGAAGGACAAUACUGUGGUGGUUGAUUCAGAUACACGAGUGUCAGGCACUGUGUCUGUCUUGGUCGAUCAGAGCAGUGAUUCACUCUCCCUCCGCACCAGCGUUCCUGAGGACACUGAGCUCACAAGAUCUAGAGUCUUGUUUGUUCGGUGAAGUAUCUUCUGUUGUUUUGACUAUGAUACUAUCUUUAGUGUAAUAUACGGUGGCUCUUCUUGCUUUUGUGUAGUAUUUGUUUACACCCGAGACGAAUGGGCUAGGCUUGAUACGCUAGCAGUUGCAACCGCAGUUCCCCGCAGAGCUUGAACAGUUUCCUGAGAAGUUCACGACUACUUUCAAAAUUGCAGACAAUGUACCGCCGUAAAUAUUUAUUCCCUUGAUGUCUAAUGCUA